CGAAACUCCGCAAGGGGACGCACCUCCACCACUACACAUAUCAGUUGGAUAUAUCAGCGGAAAACUCGCAUCAUGUCUCGUAACCGCCGGAUGACGCUGGGCACGCUGUCGUCGAACAGCCUCAACGCGCGGACGUCGCUCGGCCGGUCGGCGUCGAAGCGCAACUCAAUGGCGCCCAAGCAGGGCAUGCAGAGCGGGCUGCGCAAGGGCCGGCGGAGCCUUGCCCCGUCGUAUGCACAGCGCGAGGCGUAUGGCGAGGAGGAGGACGACUACGGGCGCGGGAUGCACACACCGGCACGGUCGCGGCAGUCGACCGGCUCGGCCAUGGGCUCUGCGCUGCGGUCACGGCGGCGGUCGUCGGCGAUGAUGAUGGCGCCGCCGUCGUCGGCCAAGAAGCGGCAGUCACUGUCACUGCUCCCCAACAUGGCAUCGCGGCGGUCGCUGAUGCUCAAGAACGACCCGCGCCCUGUGCGGUCGAAGAAGUUCCAGAACCACACCAUUCACACGCUUAUCUCGUACCUCACCCACCAGCAGUACUCGGGUGCGGUGACGCCGACGAUGCUGGCGCAGCCGACUGCACGCGACUUUCAGCACAUGUUCCAGUUUCUGUACCACGGCUUUGACCCGUACUUUAAGUUUGGCCAGCGGUUCGACGCUGAGGUUGCCGAGCUCUUUAUGUUCAUGGCCUACCCGUUCCGCAUCAACAAGUCUGCCCUGGCCUCGGUCGGCUCGUCGCACACAUGGCCGACGGUCCUGGCAGGCCUCGGAUGGAUGGUCAAGCUGCUGACGUAUGAGGAGGAGAUCCUGAUGCUUGAGGAGGAGGCGCGCGACUCGGGUAACGAGUCUGGCGACGAGAUCUUCUUCAACCACAUCUGCCGGUGCUACCAGGCCUUCCUUGCUGGCGCCGACGAGUUUGAGGUCUUUGAGUACGAGCUUGCCGAGUCGUUUGAGCUCCGCAACAAGUCGGUGACCGACCAGAUUGCGUCGUCGCGCGAUGCUGUCGCCGGCAUGACUUCCCGCAUCACCGAGCUGACAUCGUCGGACUCGGAGCUCGCCUCGCUGCGCAAGGCCAAGGCCGAGUACACCGCCGAUUUGAGCAAGUUUGGCAACAUGCUCUCCAAGCUCACGGAGCACAUCGGCAUGCUCUCUGCAGCGGUUGAGGAGUCGGCGGCCAAGGAGGCGUCGACGACGAGCGAGCUGGCGCGGCUUCGCGAGCAGAAGUCCGCCAUCGAGCUGGCCAUUGCCGGGCAGCCGGUUUCGUCUGGCGACGUCGAGCGCAUGAACAAGGAGAAGGCCGCCCUUGAAGCGUCGGUCGACAACCUGGGUGCGCUCCGCGAGGCCGCCGACAACGAGGCGUGGGACGCCGAGGUCAAGCUCUCCAAGGCCAGCGAGAAGCUGGCCGGCCUGGUCGCGACCAUCAACUCGCGCAUCGGUGCCGUUGCCUCGUCGUCGCUUGCCGCGAACGCGUCGUUCCCGGCCGAGCUGCGCUCGUCGCUCGACCUGGCGUUCAACGCCAACGGCUCGACAACAGACGAUCUGGUUUCGGCCACGCCGACCGCCGUCGAGGCUCACAUUACCGCCCUCCGCUCCGCCUUUGGCAGCCUCUCCGAUGAGCUGCAUGGCGCCUCGCUUCAGGCCAAGGAGCGCAAGGAGGUCCAGGAGGAGCAGCUUGCCGAGAAGAAGUCGGCGGUCUCGGCCCUCGAGUCCAAGAUCAACAAGAUAGAGCUGCAGUGCACGAUGGAGAAGGAGGCUGCCGCGCGGAGCCUUGCGCAGCUCACCUCGGACACGGCCAAGCUGGAGGAGGCUACGCUGCGGCUCAAGGCCGACAAGUCGGCCGGUGUCACUUCGACCUCGCAGCAGGUGGAGGACCUCCGCGCUGCCUACGCUGAGACCGAGCGCCGCUGCGCCGAGGAGAAGGAGGCGCUCUCCACUUGCGUCAUCGACACCUUCUCGCUCCUUGUUGAGCACAAGCAGGCCAUCCAGACUACCUUUGACAACGUCCACACCAUGUGGGAGGGCACCAUCGAUGACCUUGCCAAGACCAUCGCCACCUCACAGUUUAUGCAGGCCAUGUAACUCGCUGUAGCUGACAACCCAUAUCAACAAACACCCGUAACCUGAA